AUGCCUACACAUCCAUCGCCUACCUGGACCUCUCCUUGGAAGAAUCAUUUUGACAAGUCAUAUGCUACACUUAUUAGGUCUACCGCCGAGACCGCCGCAUCUUCCUCUGCCUUAGAAUCUGCCCUGGUCGAAAUCUUCGAAAAUUCGACUCAACACCGGCAAACACCAACUAUAAGUAUCACCCAAACCGGUACUCCCCAUCCACCCAGAACCCCCAGCACGCAACGUGAUACCCCCAUAUUAGAGGCCCUUCGCCAGCCGGAACCCACGAUGCUCAAGGAGAUACUCCCCAUCAGCAGGCCAUGA